GGUUGCUUCGUAAUCAGCUGACCACCUAACGGCUGCUAACGGCUCAGCGACGUUGUUUCGCGCCAACGGGACAAAAAGGCGGGCUUUCGCGUGACACGGCGAGGCGCAGGUAAGACACCGAGGCACCCGAGUUAAUAACCUGUGCGCAUUUGCGAGAUCGGUGUACGUAAGGUAGCUAUGUCGCAGCCGUCAGUGACCGCUUACUUUAAUACGCGCAAACGGCAGGCGUGCGACGAUUUACGCGGCAAGUCUAAGAUUUUGUUGCGGGAGGGGGUUAACCAAGCGCCGAUAGCGCAGAGUGUCGGCAACUCGGAGCGGCCCGCGGCGUCCUCGGACGAGGCAAGUUUCCCUCGGGCAGGAGUCAGCCCGAAAGUCGUGUCGAAGGAAGGCGCUCGGGUAAACAAGGCGGUGCGCAAUAUUCGGUUCGACUCCUCGAGAGCGGCCCCCGAGAGAACGGGCAGACCCAAGGCGCGAGCCACUCGCUCUCGCACACUGCCUUCCACGGAUGGAAGCCAGACAGACAUAAGAGAUAGCUUCUCCAAGGUGGCCAGCGAUCCGGAGGCCAAGAAAGUUCCCUUCGAGAAGAAAGGUGCGCUUAGCCCGAAGAAGAAGCCGCAGACCCCCAAGAAAGCACCCGCCGUUUCGAGGGACAACCUGACGAGCGAGGCCGAAGAGAAAUUACCUGCCAGCGGUUCUCUCACUCCCCCGUCGUCAACCAAGCUGUCGACGAUGGAAAAACUUGCGAGGAGUGAAAAUUUGAGUUUGACCGACAUCAAAAACCGAAUCAACAAGUCCUCCAGAUUGGCAGAAUUGAAAGCCAUAACGCGGCGAAUUGCAAAUUCCGAUCGGACAUUGGAGCAGUUGCAGAAUCAGCAAAAGCAGCCUCAGAUGCAAAAGUUUGACAAGGUGGAACUGGAAAUCCCUGUAAGUCCACAAAAGACAUAUAAAUCUCCGACCAAGGGAUUGUUGACUCCAACCAAGAACGAAGAUCUCUCAAAGGCGAUCAUGAGUCCUCAGAGACGAAUUUUGUUUGAGCCCAAAGAAACGACGCAGAGUCCAGGAAAAUCCAGUCCUAGUAAGGCCUAUCAGAGAUAUCUGUCCCUGGCCGAAAGCGAGAUAUCUGGAUUGACAUUGCCUUACAACUACCGAUUUCUAGCUGAAAUAUUCAGAAGUGUAGAUACGGUCUCGGCCAUGCUGUUUAACAGAAAAGAAUUGAUAACGUUCAAUAAACUGAAACCUGCUGUUCAAGAGUUGCUACGUCGUAACUUUACACUGGAGCAUCUAGCUAAAAUAAAAACGGUUUACCCUGACGCUUAUACUUAUCAUCAGGAGAAACAUCGAAAUUUUGGUUCGGUGUCUAAGCAAGAAAAAUACGAGCUGGUUCUAACACCUGUAGUUGAGAAAAUUAAUGGCAGAAAUACGCCUGAUGCGGAUAACGUAUUGAAAACUGCGUCCGAAAGUAAUAUGAGCCCGACGAUAUUGCUGGAAAGAAGGAAGAAAUUUUACAACGCUUUGCUAGAGAGGGUGAAGAAUGAACACGAGAAAUUUUUGUUGAGCUUUGAGUCACCGAGUUUGAUGAAUAUACCGAGAGAGAAAAUAGUACGCUGGCAUCCCGAGUUCAAUGUGGAGUCUUGCAAGCAAAUUGAGCAAGCUGUGUUACCGCGACCACCUCACGUUGAAAAGCAAAGCGCUAGAGAUGUUCUUGACAAAGCUAAAUCUUUGUUCCAUUGUGGUACACGUAUGGAGAAGGCAUUGCAAAAGCUCGCCGAAGCAAAUCUAACUUCCAAGUCCAAAUCGCCAUCUUCUACAGAAGAUUCCACAACCCAAACAACAGAGGAUGGCAUUCCAAAAGUUAACAUCGCCAUUGUGGCCACUCCGCCGAAUACGCCAUCCAUACAAAUUACUGAUCAUCUUAGUACGCUAUUUAAAGGCAUCCCCAAGGCACUGCUCGAAAAGGUGCGUGCUAAGCAAGCGGCUAAGGCAUUGGAAGCAAUGACGAGACCACCGAAUGCAGACAAGGAGGCUGCACUGUAUUCCAGACUUCCCGAAUUAGCGAAGCUUCUUCGCAAUAUUUUCGUGGCGGAGAAGAAGGGCGUUUUACCAAUGGAAGUAGUUAUGCAAAAAUUGGACAACUCUUUCAGAACGAAAUUAACGUUGCAAGAAAUGGAGGAGCAUAUAAGACAGCUGUGCAAACUCCUACCUACGUGGACCAGUAUACAUAACGUACGAAAGGUGGAUUAUUUGAAAUUAGAUAAAAACGUUGAACUCGCUAAAAUAAUUAAACAAUUAGAAAUUUUGGCCAAUGAUAAAGUCACGACGUCAUCCUAAUUUGUACAUUCUGAUAUAGUUUUUUUCGAAUAUGUCUGCACACUUCACCUAGUUGUGAAACUAAUUAUAUUGCUAUAUUUAAGUUGGAAACGCUUCAUUUUUUUGCAUACUUACAUCUAUAUCGUGAUGAAAAGAUGAUUGUAUAAUGCAUCUUGCUAGACAUAUACACACACUAGCACGUGUAAUUGAUGACUUACCAUUUGUUCUUUACACUUCACAGAGCAUCUUUGAUAACUAUAAAGUACGAAAUAAAUUGUAACAAAUGGGGAUACGCAUGGCACACAUUUAACAUUUACUUUUCCUAUUAUAGAGAUUAUUUUCCUUUAUUAAAUUGAAGGUUUGUUUAUUCAGCAAAAUGCAAUGACAUAUUCAAUGUAUAAUAUACAUAUAUAGUACGAAGUUAUUUUCAGAAAAAUGUCAAUGUUAUUUUCGGUAUUACAGUUGUAUUGUAAAAGGCUUCUUAAAUUUCUCAAGCAAACCCGCUGACGAUGUAUGCAAUGCUUUUGAUACUUGAUAUUGAUAUUUAUUAAUAAAGCUAUCGAAAAUUGUAAUUAUAUAUAUAUUGUGUAUUACGCAUGCCACAUAUGACAUGUACAUGUAUUUUAUUAAAAUACGUUUAUCAAUGUAA